CAUAACUCCAAUUCCGUCCUGUCCAGGUGAUGUUCUGUACUACUGCGGAAGAACUGGACUCCGAAGAGUGCUUCGAAGUCGAGUGCAAGUCAAUACGGUGUUGAGGGAACAUCACGAUAACCAAGGUCAUUAUGGCGCACACCGAUGCAUGAGAAACAUCACUGAGAAGUUCUACUGGGGAACUCUGAUAAGGGACAUACGACUGUGGGUUGGCAACUGUCAACUCUGCCUGAAUAUGGAUGAAACAUCCCAGAACUUUCACUGCUCUGUGAAGGGCUGCUACACUCAAAAUGGGCCGGUGGAGAGAAGUCUGGGCCUGACCUUUCAUCGGUUUCCUUUCGAUGACCCCGAGAGGCUCAGCCAGUGGAUCAAAAACACAAACAGAAGCACGUGGUCUCCACACACCAGAUCAGUGGUCUGCUCCAAUCAUUUCACUGAAGACUGCUUUGAGCUUGUAGGCAGGGAGAAGCUGCUGAAAAGUCAUGCUGUUCCCACCUUGUUACUUGGCCAUUCUAGUAUAGAGGGAGCACAGGGCUCAGAUGUGGAAAAUAACUUGGAAAAUACCCAGCGCACCUUUUUCUCAAAAUAUGACGCUGUGCACAAAUACUUGAGCGAAGGCGCCUAUCCUCAAGGUUUGAAUGGUGUGGAAAAAAAUACACUGCGGAGACUCUGUCAACGAUUUGCUGUACAUGAUGGUGUACUUUUUUCCAACUUAAACCACAACCGACGCAGAGUGGUCAGGAACAAAGAGGAUGUCCAGGCCACCCUCACGGCAUACCACAAUGAGAUGAACCACCUGGACGUGGACAAGUGCAUCACGCUCAUCUCCAAGCACUUCGACUGGGGCUCGCUGAGGGCCGAUGUCCGGUGUUGGAUCCAGAGGUGCGAAGAGUGCUUUGCUGCCCGUGCGCCUGCCCGGCAGCCCUGUGCCAGUCCAGCCAGUCUACAAUACAAUGACCAUGAAUAUUUCAGCCAGACCCAGGCUUCAAGUCCUUUAGCCACAGACACGGUCAGCUCAACAGCUGGGGACGUGGAACGAGUCAAGGCUGUUGCUCAGGCAGAGCCAGUGGAAUCAGUUCACCUGGGCUCUGGCACAUCUGGGUAUCAUGCUGUUAAGAGAAGUGCUCCUCUGGAUAGCGCCGGACUUCCGCCAAAGAAGCGUAGAAAAGAUGGAGAUGUGCUCCCCAUGUCCAGCGCCUUACAGAAUUCCCAGGUCCAUUUGGAUAAGGGUUUGCCAAUGCUGGACAGGAUGGAACCUUUGCGUGCAAGGACAGUUUUGCAACAGUGCUCACAAGCAAUAAUUCAAAUACAUAAUGCAAGUUACCAAAGGAUUGAUGCUGGCUUAGUGAUAUAUUUGAGUUUUUCCAAAGAGGCCACAGAAGAGAUUAUCCCAAAGAUGGUGAGAACCUUGCUGGAGGCCAAGUUGUUCCAUGUCGGAGGAGGAGAACCCUCAUCUGUGCUUGAUCUUCCUGGGAGUGUUCUCAUAGUUCCACAAGACUCCCUAACAGGAACACUGAAAAACUGCAAGUUUCAGUAUUUGCAGAGAAUUGAUGCCUUCAAUGGACAGUGGCUUUACAAGAUCUUUGUGUACCAGUGUGAGAGAGCUUUGGCAUCUUCCAAAAGGAGUGUGGAAGCCAAAUGUGUUGUCAAGUAUGGGGUUUACGGUCAGAAACAGACCAUUUACCUCAGUUCAGAUGACCCACUCACUCAUGUUGUGGAAUUCUAGAAACACUUGUUGUUCAGAAGUUCUAUUUGGACGGAAAUACUUCUGUGGAAUUUUACACAGAUUUUUUUUUCAGUAUCUGAAAAUAUUUGGUGUAUUAUAUGUGAAAAUCAAAUAAAAAAAU